AUGCGGCUGGUAAGAUCAGGGCUGGAGGACAGGGCUACUCCUUCUCCCACGAAGCCAGGAGACCCUGGCCCCACAACCCAGAGGAGCACAGCAGUCAUUCCCUGGUGCCAGCCAGGCUGGUACCAGGACCAAGGGAGGUGCUACCUUUUCUCCUGGACUAACCAGACCUGGGAGGCAGCGAGAAACUCCUGCUUAGCCCAGAAUGCUGAUCUAGUGGUGAUCAACAACCAAACGGAGCAGAAUUACUUGGCUAUUAAAGCUCGUUCCAUUCGGCACUGGAUCGGCUUCACCGACCAAGAGUCUGAAGGCAUCUGGUGCUGGGUGGACAACACUUCUGCGGUAUUUACGAACUGGAACAAAGGGGAGCCCAAUAACUUGCUCAGGAAUGGAAUCGCUGACGAGGACUGCGCCCACCUGCUGGAGACUGGCCUGUGGAACGAUGAACCCUGUAGUAACUCUUACAGGUGGAUCUGUGAAAGGGCUGCCACUGUGUAAACAGCUCCCUCUUCCCCUGGCUGUGAACACAGGCUGAAAUUCAUCCUCCUGCUGCGAGGCCUGGGCACCAUUCAUGGCCUGCGCAUAAUCCUG